AUGAUGAAGAGCGGCAAGACGCCAGCGAAGGACUUCCUCGUGAUAGACGUGCGAGACGAUGACUACGUCGGGGGCAACAUAAAGGGCGCGCGCAAUUAUCCAUCGCGCGAAUUCCUGCUGAAUGUGGACAAACUCGUGUCGGAGACGAAGAACGUCCCGGUCAUGGUAUUCCACUGCACACUGUCGCAAGUCCGAGGACCGAAGGCUGCACGGGAGACGCGACAGAACAUCAUCGACGAUCCGCCGGACCAGGACGUCUACGUCCUCAGGAACGGCUUCUCAGACUUCCAGAUCAAAUACAAGCCUACGUCUUCCCGUUCGCACCUAGUGAGCGCGAUGGACAGCAAGGACAAGUUCGAGAAGGAGGCGCAGGUCACGACCACUCCUGCCGUGGAGUAUGAGGGACAGACGACCUCACCCGCGAAGUACGACAGAUCCAAGUACGACUUCACAGCGGAGGAGCUCGCGACAAUCGAGGUCGACCCCGCCGUUGCGGCGCGCGUCAGGCGGAAGCUCGACCUGCACCUCAUGCCCAUCAUCUUCUGCAUGUAUCUCUUUUCCGCGCUGGAUAGGGGGAACCUCGGAAACGCAAAGACGGAUGGGCUGAACGCCGACCUCGGUCUGGUGGGCAACCAGUACAACAAUAUCCUUACCGUGCAGAGCGUCACGUUCGCCACGAUGGCGAUAUUCGGCGGGUACUUUAGCAAGCGCCUUGGUGCAGCUCGCAUGAUGCCUAUUUACAUGGUAGUCUGGGGCACAAUGGCGAUGCUGAACUCCGUCUGCAAGAACUACAGUGGCGCGCUUGCCGUGCGGUACUUCCUGGGCACCUUCGAGGGCUUCUUCGGCCCCACCGUCCCCAUCUACCUGACAUCUUUCUACACGCGCGGCGAGCUUGCUCGGCGGUUGGCAGUCUGGUACAGCGCUGCGGCCUUCUCAGGCGCCUUCUCCGGCUUGUUAGCGUACGGAGUCUUUCAGAUCCAGAGCAGCAGGCUCGGAGGGUGGCAGAUCCUUUUCCUGUUGGAGGGCGGCUUGACGAUUGUGUGCGGUGCGCUGGCGUUCGUCUUGCUGCCUGCCUUUCCGCAGCGCGCCAAGUUCUUGACGGAGAAGGAGAAGGAGACUGCAGUAGUUCGGUUGCUGAAGGAUUCGUCGAAAAUGAUCGAUGCACCCUUCAAGACGAGCGAGUUCUUGGAACCGGCAAAGGACUGGAAGUUUUAUGUCCUCGUCGUCUUCGCUCUUUGCUAUGGUACCGCAUCUUCGACCGCCACGACCUUCCUCCCUCAGCUUCUCGCUCGUUUCGAAUUCUCUGCUGUCAAGACCAACCUCUACACCGUCGCUCCUAACCUGGUGGCCGUCUGCUAUCUCUUCACGAUCGCAUUCUUGUCGGACUACACCCGGCAGCGGACGCUGUUCCUCAUGCUUGCGCUCGCGACGACGAUGACGGGAUGCAUCAUUCUUGCGUCCGUGCCCGUCACGGCUAUCGGCGUCGGCUACUUCGCGUGUUUCCUCAUACAGUGUGGCGCGCAUGUGCCGACGGUCAUCUUCCACUCAUGGCACAACAACAACGACCCCUCGGAGAACGGGCGCGCGUUCAGAACGUAUGACAAGCAGCUACUGGUCGUAUAUUGCUCGCUUACCGUGCUUCACAGCGGUUGCCUAACCUUUGCCGCGAACGCUGGCUCGCUCAUCAGUUCGAACAUCUUCCUCGACAGUUGGGCCCCGAAGUAUACCAAGGCGCUCAUCAUCUCCGCCUGCUUGCAAGUGCUCGGUAUUACCAUUCUCGCGUGCAUGCGCACGUACAUGAUGCUGCAGAACCGCAGGCGCAACCGGGAGCAGGGUGUCAAUUGGGCAUCGAAGGAUGUACCUACUGCUGUCCUCGCGGAAGGCCCGAAGCAUCCCAGUUUUCGCUACGUAUUGUAA